AUAAAGACAUACAUAUAAUUCUCGAGUAAUUAUUCUGUAUUGUUAACAGAGACAGAGUCUUAUACAGGAACUGCAAUCUAACUUCCCGGACUCAGAUGAGGAUACCAGUUUUCCUGACAACCCACAAAGAUCAAUUUCUUCGUCAACUAUUACAGAACAAAUACUUCCUGAUCCUCGUUUAGGAAAUAAUAGCUGGUGCACAUGUGGACGAUGCAUAGUUAUGCCUACAAGUGAGGAGUCUGUCUGCUGUCAGGAGAUUCCAAAUGUGGUUCUAGAAAUUGCAGAAAAUUCCAAUUGUAUUACUCACAACCAGCUGUUUCACACAAUGUGUUUAGACAAAAGAAUAGCUGAUAUACAUUAUAUAAUGAUUACGAACCAACCGAUUCCAGAGGAUAUAAGCAUACAUCAUAGAAAUCUACGAAGAACUGCUUACAGAAGCUUCACUUCAUGGAUUCAUGGUUUGCUUGGAAAAGGAGUACGCAUUGCCAUACCAUCAUGUGCUGUUGCUGCAGUUCGUAACGCCUAUCCUGAUCCUGAAGAAAAUUAUAUUGGUUUUGUAAAAGUGAGGGAUUAUUGUGCCAUGGAUAUGGCUUUUGACUUAUAGAAUUAGAACUGUCUUUACAAUAAUUUUUCCCGUUGUAAAGUGUAAUAAAAAUUAUUUACAUUCACUACAUUUUUGAAUUACAUUAUUUUCUUGAUCGUCA